AUGACAAAACAGCCCCAGCUCCAAAUUUUCCCCCGAAGGAAAGCAGGGCAGUCAAAGAGGGAUCAUGGAUCGAAUACAGCAGUUGUUCUCAGUUUAGAGAUCCUUCAAUCUUUCUCGGAAGUUCCCCUGGUUCAAGCUGCAAAGAAACUUGGGAUAUCAAAGACUGCAUUGAAGAGCGCUUGCCGAACUUUAGGAUUGGAGCGUUGGCCAUUUCGCAAGCCAAAUGACCCCCAAGGCCCAGGGGAUUCGUUACAGACAAGCGAUAUCAAUAUGCUCAAUCACGGCAAGCAGGAUAACAGCAACUCCGAAGUAGACAGUCAGUUUUCGACAUCAGAAUGCACCAAAGGGAGUGAGACAACAGCUUCGCAACGAUCGGGCGAAGACGACUAUCAAAGCAGUGAGGAUCAGAACAGCGACUCGAACGAUCUUUCAUGGAUGUCGGAGAAUCCUCUAGGAACGAUGCAGAAUAUCAUGUGCCUGAACAGCCUUGACGAUGCUAGCAAGUUGAGCCAACCAUUCGCCAUCAAUCAAUCGGUCGAGCAAUCCUCAGGGCAGUCAAGUGGAGAGGAUGAUCUGGAUAGCUACAACAGCAGCAACAAGCAGAGCCCUGAAGAGGAGGACGAGUACCCUCUCCACGUGAGGGGAGACUUUGUCUUCCCAGGACCGUGCAGAUUCUCUAAGAAGGUCUGUCUGCGGAUGGCAAAGGGGAGGGAUGACGCCGUACACCAGGAUGGGCGGUUGGAGUUCUCGAGCUUCAACGGGAGCUUCGUCUCCUGUUUCAACCAGCAGCUGUCGAUCCCCAAUUUCAACUUCGCCGAUGACUUCUGGUAUUGA